CGUAAUUGAUAUUACUUUACUUAAGAGCUUAUUAAUGUAGAGCUCGAAGCUUGGCCACACUGCACCAAUAACCAUUCGAACUUUGCGAAAUUUGCGAAAUGGCAAAUUCAAAGCAAGCCAAUGAAUUUUUAGAAUCAAAAGAGGGGAUUCCACUGAAUGAUGAUAGUUUGCAAGGUGCGGCAAAGAAACGCAAGCUUCAGAACACAUGGACGCUGUGGGGCGUGACGAGCGGUUCCGAAAUAUCGUGGGAGGACAAUCUAAGCGAGAUUGGUAGCUUCAACACAGUCGAGGACUUCUGGAACCUGUAUUACAGCACCGAGUCGCCAUCCAAGCUCCAAGCCGGAUGUGAUUACAUGCUCUUCAAGAAGGGCAUUCGCCCAAUGUGGGAGGAUCUGCCAAACAAGCACGGCGGUCGUUGGACAUACAUCGUGUAUAAAAAAGACACAACCGAACUGGACAUCAUUUGGUUGGACGUGCUUCUUUGCCUGAUUGGCGAGGCCUGCGAUAACAGCGAUCAGAUCUGUGGGGCUUUUGUCAGGAUUCGCAAGAAGGUCAACAAAGUCUCCGUCUGGACAAAUAGUUACGAUGACAACGAGGCAGUCAUGGAGAUUGGUCAGAAACUCUGUGAGGUCGUGAGCCUCAGCAGCAAAAAAGUUUUGAAAUUCCGUCAGCAUCAAAACCAUAAACCAUAUGUAACUUUUGAGUUGUUGGCUAAACCUUAAAGGGUAUUAUCCCAGUAUCUUUUUUAUAUACAAAACUUGAAUCUUAGAGGGAACUGAAUUUUGCUAAUUAUGAUAAAUUAGCAAUAUCAUAAUUAGCAAAAUUCAUGCUGAAUAUGUAAAACUAUGUGAUAAAUUCAGCUAACAAUGAUCUUAUUUUCUAUCUGCGCCAUUAUCAGCUAUUAUAUUAUUAUUAUAACCUUUACCAGAAGUGUAAAAGAAAAUGUACCCCUUUUUUUUAAUCUAAUCAUUAAUAAUUUCCGAAUGUAACGAACGAUGCUAAAACUCCAAUGCGACGAAUAAACUUUAAGUAUUGCACAUCCCUCACCA